GUAUCUCUCGAAAGGAGGUGAACGCGUGCGAAUUUUACCAUUGGCAGGGGGUAUCGAGGGUAGGAGCCAAUCUGGCGUCGUCGGAGGUGGAGCGAUAGGUAUUAAAUAGGCGAGCAACGGUUGGAGUUCGGGUAAACGCGCCGUACGUAAUGGGUUGUGGGUAUUUCGGAUAGUGGUCCGUUUGUGGUGGCUCUUCGAGUUGUUGGUAUCGCUCGUUAUUGCCUCAAUUCCUCAUCACCGAGGUUCGAAGGAUCGCGGUGCAGUGUCGCGGCUGCGAAAGUGACAUCGAGUAUCUACCACCGCGAAUACCACCGAGAGUAGCUAGUAAACUCAGUUACCGGUUAGCCAGUGCCGGAGUCAGUCAUCAAGACGAAGUGCCCCAGGUAUAAACCGAGAAAGCCAUGCCGUCUACAAACGGCUGUCACAACUUCGUCUGGGUCCUUGUUAUCCUGGGAUCCCUUUUCCUCGAGGAUGUAGCGCCGGUUCGCAUAGGAACCAGCACCGUCAAGCGGAAGAAGGAAGCUCUCCGCGAUCCCAUCGACCAAUCGACGGCAUCGUCAUUCUGGAGUCCAGCCAUCAAGACUGGAAAUGUGUUCCAGACUCCGGACGAUUCCUCAAACUUCUUCUCUUCCACCCACGGUAUCCUGCAGACCCAUCCCUUGGGCACCUCUUUCCAAAGUGGAUUCGGAGGAAUCGAUAACCUUGGAAGCAGAGGGUCCACCGUCAGACCACCCAGGACUCGACCACUGGACUACAGCGAGCGAGCUACCGCUGAACUAAGACGUAAUCCAUCCCUUUCGGCACCCGAUGAAUGUGCUCGUGCAUGUCGCGAGGGUGAUCCUCCAAGGAUCUGCUACUACCACUUCACGUUGGAAUUCUACACUGUCCUUGGAGCGGCCUGCCAAGUAUGCACUCCGAACGCCACGAACACGGUGUGGAGUCACUGUCAGUGCGUUUUGGCCGACGGUGUGGAGCGGGGCAUCCUUACUGCCAACCGAAUGGUGCCUGGACCAAGCAUCCAGGUAUGCGAGAAUGACAAGGUCGUGAUAGACGUCGAGAACCACUUGGAAGGAAUGGAGGUUACGCUGCAUUGGCACGGGAUUUGGCAGAAGGGGUCGCAGUACUACGACGGUGUGCCUUUCGUAACUCAGUGCCCGAUACAACAGGGAACCACAUUCAGGUAUCAAUGGACUGCGGACAAUGCCGGUACUCACUUCUGGCAUGCUCAUACCGGUUUACAAAAAAUGGACGGUCUUUACGGAAGCAUAGUGGUCCGUCAGCCACCCAACAAAGAGCCUAACAGUAAUCUGUACGAUUUCGAUCUGACAACGCACGUGAUAUUGAUCAGCGACUGGAUGCACGAAGAUGCCGCUGAACGAUUCCCGGGACGUUUGGCUGUCAACACUGGUCAGGAUCCGGAAACUGCUCUAAUCAACGGAAAAGGACAAUUCCGGGACCCAAAUACCGGUUUCAUGACCAACACACCGCUUGAAGUAUUUACCAUUACACCAGGCCGCAGGUACAGGUUCAGGAUGAUAAACUCCUUCGGUUCCGUUUGCCCAGCUCAAAUUACCUUCCAAGGACACACGCUAACCCUGAUUGCUACGGACGGAGAACCAGUUCAUCCCGUAAACGUCAAUACAGUUAUCUCAUUCUCAGGUGAACGAUAUGACUACGUAAUAAACGCUGACCAGCCUCCGGGCGCCUACUGGAUCCAGCUUCGUGGUCUUGGAGAAUGCGGUAUAAAGCGAGUUCAGCAACUGGCUAUCCUUCGCUACGCCAGAGGACCUCAUCAGCCAAGUUCCGACCCACCAACCUACGAUGUCGGGCUUCCCCAAGGAGUGGUCCUCAACCCAUUGGACGCCAUCUGUAACAGGCCACGUGACGACGCAGUUUGCAUAAACCAGCUGAAAAACGCCCGGCACAUCGACGAGGGGAUCCUGCAGGAGAGACCCGACGUCAAGAUAUUCUUACCGUUCCGUUUCCUUUUCUACAGACCCGAGGAGGUCUUCCAACCGAACACUUACAACCGAUACUUGGUCGCGCCAACCGGUGAUCACGUUAUUUCACUGGUCGAUGAGAUAUCGUUUACUUUCCCGCCGUCGCCGCCGCUUUCCCAGAUCGACGAUAUCCCACCGGAACAAUUCUGCAACGGUGAUAAUCGUCCGGCCGAUUGCGGUGCGAAUUGCAUGUGCACUCACAAAGUUGACAUCCCACUUAACGCCGUCGUUGAAGUCGUCCUGGUCGACGAAGUCCAACAGCCGAAUUUAUCCCAUCCGUUCCACUUGCACGGAUACGCUUUCAACGUGAUCGGUAUGGGCAGAUCACCGGACAAGAACGUCAAGAAGAUCAACUUGAAGCAUGCUCUUGAUCUCGACAGGCGAGGUCUUCUCAACAGACAGUUCAAUCUCCCACCGUCGAAGGACACCAUUGCUGUACCAAACAACGGUUACGUCGUCUUCAGAUUCCGGGCCGAUAACCCUGGUUACUGGCUCUUCCAUUGUCACUUCUUGUUCCACAUAGUGAUCGGUAUGAACCUCGUCCUCCACGUCGGGACUCACGGAGAUCUUCCACCUGUACCACCGAACUUCCCAACGUGCGGAGAUCACCUGCCACCAAUAACGCCACCACUGCCAAUUGGCAGUUCGAUUUAUCACUGACCUUAAAUCACCUAACACCACCACCACCACCACCACCACUACUACUACUACUACUACUACUACUACUACUACUACUCUAAAUGAAGCUCAGACGCUGAGACACACCGGUCCAAAGCACUUUAUACUUCUAGUAUAAAUUACUAACUCAAGCUGUACAAAUACUCAAGCAUGUUGUUGACCGUUGCAUGAACACUCAGGGUAGAUGAUUACUGAUAGCUUUUAUCUCAGUGAAAAAUAAUUUCUUCGCAUGCUUUCUGUAGACUGU